AUUUAUCUUUUAAUGAUCAGAAGAAACUGACAUGAAGUCAAUAGGUUUACAAAGUUUUUGCUUUUGCAUUGAAUACUGAAUAUUUUUGUUUACUUGCAUCACUGACAUGUAAACUUUAUUAACGCGCAAUGGAGAAGCUGCGAGCAUAUCGGAGUAAAUUUGAAGAAUCUCUCGAGAAAAAGAAUGUAUUCACAGAUUUCUUGUGCGUAUGUGAGCAGCGUUCAGGCAUAAGCAAAAUUAAUUUGGCUUAUGGAGUGAUCGCGUUUUUCACUCUCUAUCUAGUUAUUGGGUAUGGAACUGACGUACUCACCUUGUUAGUGGGUGCAGUUUACCCAGCAUAUAGAUCAGUUAAAGCCAUAGAGACUCAUGAGAAGGAGGAUGAUACUAAGUGGCUGACUUAUUGGGUCGUAUUUGCAUCUGUUCAACUAUUCGAAGCAUGUACAGCAAUGAUGGUAUACUACUUACCUCUCUACCCAAUUUUAAAGUGCAUCUUUCUGAUAUAUUGUAUGGCUCCUAUACAAAACAAUGGAUCUUUACUUAUCUACAAAAAAUUAAUUCGACCAUUUGUUCUUGAACACUCACCAGCAAUUGAUUCAGUAUUGAAUACUACAGCUAAUAUUGCUGGAAAUGUAGUCGAGAAUGCUACUCAUAAAGCCGUAGAAAGCAACGGAAAGCAAUAGAAGAAACCAAAAAAGAAAAGUGUUUUUCUAAGUUUAAUUAUUCGUUUGACAUAUGAAUAGAUUUUAUUUCCCAUCUGUUCCUUUGUUCUCGCCAUCUCUUUCUUUAUCUUGACUUCUCUCCCAGUCCAUUCAUUAUUAUUAUUAUAUCUGUGUACAACAAGUACCAACUAAGCAUAUCAUUAUAAUUUGUGUGUAUAUGCACAAAAACUUCCCUUCUCUUACUUCCCCAUAUUCUUCUUCCACUUCGUCUUCAGGUACUUCUAAACUGCCUAAUGAAUUUGUGAAGUGUAUUCUUACAAUUGACUACUUCUCUCGGGUUGUUCAUUUUGCAACAAUGAAUGGUACUCAAUCAUUUUAAGUCAUGUAAAUGGUGAAAGGGAAUAAUGUGUGUGUGUGUAUAUGUGUGUCGUCUUAUUUCUCCAAUUGUAUUUUUUUUAUAAAAAAGUUAUUGAUUUUUAAUGGAAUUUUAUUUUGUUAUAUUACGUUUUAUUACUACUAUCAUCAUUAUUUCUUCGUUUUGUUAUAAGAAAUUAAAGAUAAAUUUGUGUGUGUGUGUGUGGAAUGUAUUUUGUUAUCAUUAAAACAGACAGACAAAGAUAGUAAGAGAGAUGGUAAUUAUUUAAAUUAAUAAUACUAAUAAUGUGUAUUGUGUUCAAUAGUUGGUUUGU